ACAUAUCCGUUUAGAAACGGCAACUUUGUACAGUCAGCCUGAGCCGCCGAGCGAUCCGCCGCGGAGACGAAUGCACCCUUCUCUUCCAGGAUGUUUCCCCGGGACACUUUGUCUGGUUAUCGUUCGGCGGAACUAAACUACUAGACUAGACUUUGGAAAUAGUUCAUAUUCGUAGAACUUUGGCGGCUUCAUAGCUGGUGAAGAAUAGCAAGUUGAGCGAACCGUGGCGAAGAUUAGCUAACUAAGCUAACAACCAUAUUCAGUGAGAUGCGGAGAGUGCGCGUAUCUGCAGUCCAUUUGAAUCCAGAGACUACCUUUUGGCUCUUAACAAUGCUCUAGGUCUAUACGAGCAGCUCGCAUAGUUUGUGACAUCUACAUUCGCUUGUUAAAGCUGCUUUAGAGUACUGCACCAUGGAUCACAAUAAGCAUUAUUUGUUUUGGGCGUUGAGAUCUGUGUUGCUUUCUGUGGGCGAACGGUUUCAUUGAUCUUUGAUUCCAAUACAGACUAUGAGGUUGCCAGGACAUUUGUCUUAGGAAGUGUCUUAAUCUGCGAUCAACGUUCUCACCGGCAAAGAAUGUCCGACCCAGAAAGUUCCCGUUCAUAUUUCGCUUUCGAGGAUCCGCAGUGGCUAUGCAUGGUCACACUUUUCUUCGCAUCGCUCGUCACUCUAAUAGUGUAUUUCGUGCAGUACUUCCAACAACGAGGUGUCGGAAAGAAGCGCACCGCUGCCGAGGACGAUGCGGCGAAGGAAGAAGCGGCGGCUCUGCUGGGAUGGGCGCUGUCACUGAAGAGCUGGAGGAGUCAGUGGACAGGAGCUUGGUGCAGGGCUUUGAAUGAGCGAUCCAAGAGGAGUGGGAGUCCGGUUCUGUUGACAUUUGAAGAGAAUGAUCUUGAGGCGACGGACCUCCGGGUCAGCCACGUCUCCAGCUUUCAGAAGUCUGCCAAAAGCAAGGCCACCCGCUGCAGUGUGGUCGGCGAGCAGCUUCGGUUCUCUCUCGGCGCAUCAUCGGCAGCCACGGCUGCUGCAGAUCCUUGUAAAUACACCGUGUGUAUAGCUCCACUGGAGUUGCAGCUUAACCUGCAGAUGCAAGACGCUGCAGAUGUGAUCAAUGUGAGCUGGGGAUUGUCUCCGUUGGAGACGGGGCAGCUGCAGGUGACCCCCACCUUCAACCAGGACCAUGUUAACACCUCCAGUGUGGCAUCCAUUACGGAGCAUCUGAGGCAGCUGUUGUGUGUGACGCGUCCCUCUGUGCUGCUGAGCUGCAGGCCCGCUCAGGCCUCAGAGAUCAAGGAGGCGUGCAACAACGUGCUUUCACCCCCAAAACCCCCCCGUGCCCACGACUGGAAGCUGUUGGUGAAGAACAUCCGGGUGACCCUGAAUCAGGAGGACGGUGCUGCAGGCGGCAUGAGUCCUUUGUGUGUAAUGCAGCUAGAUGAUCCUCCACAGAGGCUUAAUACCUCCGUUUUGAAGAACACAACCAGUCCUGCCUGGGACCAGCCGUUUAUCUUUGAACUGAAUGGUCGAUCAAAAGAGCUCAAUAUUGAGUUAAUGAAUGAUGGAGAACCUCAAGAAAAUGCGUUACUUGGUCGGGUGUCGGUGCCUUUUGAUCUAGUAAAGAAGCAGCCCAAUGGGCAGCAGACAUUUGCACUCAUGACCAAAGACGUAGUGACUGGAUCACUAACUACUGAUUUUACCUAUCUGGAGCCCAGUGAGGUGAGGUCCUGGCACCCUCCCACCCCAGCCUCCAAUAAGCGGGUGGAGAUGGACCGUACAGUCAUGCCCUGUGGCACGGUGGUCACCACCAUCACCGCAGUGAAGAGCAAGCCGGGCCGCCCCCCCGCCCUUGGAUUCAACAUAGACCCGACCCACAGAGCGGUGGCCCCCAGGUCUAAGCUGUCGGAGCGGCGUGUGUCCGAGCAGGCGUCCAUGAUGGCGGCCACAGUCAGCAAGGCCCUGUCCUCGUCUGAUACCGAGCUGCUGAUGCUCAAUGGCACCGACCCGGUGGCUGAAGCCGCCAUCAGACAGCUCCACCAAUCCGCCAAGCAGAAGCUCAAGUCUCCGGUGAAGAAGAGUACAAUAAUCAUCUCGGGCAUCGCCAAAACGCCCCUGUCUCAGGAUGACGAGCUCGCUCUGAUGGCGGGCUACGCCGCAGCGAUGGACGCCUCUAUGUCGGAGAGCAGCUCCACUCAGGAUGUGACCGCAGCGAUUGCGACUGGGUCCAGUAGCCCUCCAGACAUGUCUGAGCACCAGGAGGGGCCCAGUGGAAUAGGCCGGCCUCCGGAGGACUGGGAGAGCCAGGCCGGAGUGGGGCUGGACAAUUCCUCGCUGUCCAUGUGCAUCUCUGAGGCGAGCUGCAAGAAGAGAAGAGAGGAAAGCGGUGCUAAGCACACGUUAAAUCCAGAUCCAGAGCAGCUUCCUCCAGAAGAGCGCCAAGCUCUUCUUCCGAAGGCGCCACCAGCGCAAGGACCCGGGGAUGAGCCAAUCCCACAACGACCUGGUGUACCUGGAUUCUCCGGCCGUGAUGGAUCAGGCCAGCCGAACACCCACGCUCAGCCGCAUGCUCAGCCGCAGGAGCAAGAACAAGAGCAAGGCCAACGGCUCUACCCCGGUGGAGGACCCUUGUGCGUGACCCCCACUCUCCCUCCCGCAAACGACUACCAUUCACCAUCUCCACCUCAAUCCUGCACUGGCACACUUCCUGGCUGACUAACUCGCAGCCUGCAGCCUGCCCCCGCCUUGUGAACGGGGGAAAGCUGUGCAGGUGCAACAAAAACAAUACUUUUUAACUGCCGUUUCGUGCUUCUCUCAAGAGGCAGAAAUUCCACCAAAAGCAAGCACGUGCAUGUGUAAAUGAAGGUCUCCUGUCUUGGAUUAAUGGCAUUUAAGGGGAUAUUGUUUUGCAUGUUUGUUUUUUUAUCUAAUUUUAUGCAACAUGUUUGAAAUGAUUUGAGCGCUUUUGUGGCCUUUCUUCCGACAGAAGGGACCAAUGUCGGCUGUCCCUCUUUACCUCCCUCACACUUGACGGCGAAGAUAAAGCUCUCUCUCCUGUAAUCCAUACAUUUCCUACGGUGGAUCAACAGGACCAAAGAGUGGUGUUUGUAUGAUUUGCACAAAAUUCUAGUACCUUUUUAUUUAAAGUGCAAUGACAGGAGCUGCUCUUGUGUCACAUUUGGAAAGGGAGGUGUUUUUUCCACAGGUUUUUGACACUAAUGCAAUGAAAUGUGGUAUUGAUAUUGGUUCAUUUAAGGAAUCCUUUUCAUUUAUAUUCCAUGUGAAACAAGAUCAGAUCAACAGCUGGAUGUAAUGUGUACUUUGAAGUUUUUUAAAAGGGUCAACAGCCUGGUUUCUAACAGACAUCAGAACCAGUUUUAGGUGAUAUUAAUACGAAGCAGUGACACUGUGGUUUACAUGGAACUUUAGCUACAUGAGAGCAUCUUCAAAUGAUAUGCAACUUCCUUCUUUGUCUUCCUCAAAGACUUCCCUGUACACUACUGUCAUCAGCAGGGUUGUUAAUGUGUCGAAAGGGAACCCGGAGGGACUGUUAUCCAAGGACUGUGACGUUACACUCGGCCAUACUCGUGCUGAUGAAAAUCCAUCCGAAAUUAAGUUAAUCGUUCUUUUAUCGGAUGUUUUAUUGUAGUUUUGAACACAUGAACAGGAGAAUGUGUGGACAAACCUUUAGGUGAAAACAAAAGGUUUGGCUGUUUUCUUUUAUCCAGCUAAUGAUUGUACUUUCCCUUUUUUUGCAAGCAGCUUGUUGAAGACAUUUUCUGUACUUCAUAUUAACUACUGUUUUUUUCAAUAAUCUGCUCAGAGAAUGGAUGCGUCAGUGACUAAACUAACAGGUUGCCCUAGUUAAUCCGAGGAUUACGUCAUAGGGAGGACUUGUCCUUUUGGGUCCUGAAGCGUCAUCCGCCAUCACAGCCGAGGGUUGAAGGACGUCGGCGAACAGUCGGAGAGACAAAGUCUUCGCCAUGUUCCUUAGCCGUCUGCAAUGUCCAUCAUCUAGAAGCCUAUGCACAUAAUGUAUUAACUGAGCAAUUGCAUUUCGACUAUCUGAGAACUUUGAACAAACAACUCAACGCGUUGUUCGCGACACUGGCCUGCAGAUACAGUGUGGGCUGUCGUCUGUAUUUAAAGUACAUGGCAGAGCUGUAAUUCGGCUCUUCCAGCAACAUGGGCUGAAGUCUGUUUGAAAACAUGGGGAAGAACCCGGUAUCGGGAUGAAGAAAAUUCUGUUAACUUUAAGAGAAUCACAUUUAAACUCUGUGGAAGGAUGGGUGGGUGGGGGGUUAACUAUACCCAGCUUCAGAGCUUAUAGCGGCCUGCAAGCAUUGCCUACUGUCAUGCAUUCUGCAGUAAGCAGUGGGGAUGUGUGUGAUUAAUAAACUCUGAUCUUUUUUUUCAUUGGCAUCUGUUUUGGGCACAAACGCUGACUAACGUCUGUUUUUGCAGAAAGUCAGUUAUUUCCCUGCAGGGAUUGUAACAAAUAUACAUAUCGAGUUAUUUCAUUUCCAGCAAUAAAUGAUAAUUUAAUAACUGAGAAUGUGUCCAUCCUGUAGCAGAUUCUUCGCGGCCCUCCUGUAGCUGUAGACGUUGAUGCGCCAUUCCACUCCUGGUACUCCAUAGACAAGUUACAUUUUUGCAGAUUGUUCUCAAUACAAAAUAUGUAUAUAAGUUCUAAAACAUGUUGCAUGUUUCAGUGAAAACAAGUCAUUCAAUCUAGAAUUUAAUUAUUAUAGGUAUAGCUUUGUAAAGGGCGGUGUUGCAGGACCCAGACUCAAGAAGACCGAUCGUGUAGACGGGUCAUUUAGAUGUAGAUUUGUGGAAUGAAAUGUCUUACCCCAAAAAACGAAGCUGAAAGAAAGACCGGCAGGGCAGAGGUGAAGCUGAACUGUGACAAGUUUUACAUUAAAAUAGCCUACAGGUAUACUUGAAUACAAAUUUUUCCAAAAUGUUUUACUCCUAUUUAUAUUCUUAUUUUGUGAUACAGACACGCAUUUGAUGUUUUUUCAUGCAGAACAG